AUGCCAUUCACCGCAGCUUGUAUCAGAGCAGUGAGACUGAAGCGCUCAGAGCAGAGGCGCAGACAUGUGAAAGACGAGGCUGUUUGGCUGCGGGGAAUCCCCAACGCGCGUGCACGCACCUACACACGCACGUGGCUCCAACUGGCCCCAACCUCAGUCCCAGAGCAGAGGCAGGCGCCCAGCAGCAGCCAGCAGAGAGCCGCGAACCGGGCGGAGGGUCGUGAUCACCGGGUCUGUCUGCAGCAGCCAGGCGUGGGGCCAAGAGACGGUGAAAUGCGGCCAAUUUCGUGGAGGGUCUGGAGGGCCUUGGUGCUGCUCCUCUUCCCCCCCGCGGUGCUGUCUCAGCCAGAGGCCUCGCUCCUGGACUCAUGGCAGGAGUUCUGGCUUUUCCGCUUCCUGGUGAACAUCCUGGGAUAUUCCACCAUCAUCAUCCCAGGAUACCUGCUCAUCCGGUACCUGAAGCGCAGCAACUAUUUGGAAACAGGCAGUGGGUUUUUGUUCCCGGCCAUAAAGGCGUGUGUUUUCGGACAUGAAGCCAAGAGCGGUUUGAUAGACGACACCUCUGCUCCGACAAGGAACGACCCCGACAGCGGCACUGGGUUUUUGUUCCCGGCCAUAAAGGCGUGUGUUUUCGGACAUGAAGCCAAGAGCGGUUUGAUAGACGACACCUCUGCUCCGACAAGGAACGACCCCGACAGCGGCACGUCCUUCAGACAGGUCGUCAAGCUGCUGGUGUGUGCGGCCGGACUGCAGGCGUCGUACCUGACCUGGGGCGUGCUGCAGGAGCGCGUCAUGACUCGCUCAUACGGCGCCCUGUCCCCAGAAGAGCCAGGGGAGCGCUUCCAGGACUCUCAAUUCUUGGUGUUCAUGAACCGCAUCUUGGCGCUGACGGUGUCAGGUUUGUGGUGCGCACUGCUCAAGCAGCCGCGACACGGCGCGCCCAUGUACAAGUACUCUUUUGCGUCGCUCUCCAACAUCAUGAGCAGCUGGUGCCAGUAUGAGGCGCUCAAGUUCAUCAGCUUCCCCACGCAGGUGCUGGCCAAGGCCUCCAAGGUCAUCCCCGUCAUGCUCAUGGGUAAGCUGGUGUCCAAGAAGAGCUAUGAGUACUGGGAGUACCUCACGGCCAUGCUGAUCUCUCUGGGCGUCAGCAUGUUCCUGCUCUCCAGCUCCACCAACAAACACCCGUCCACCGUCACCACCUUCAGCGGAGUCGUCAUCCUGGGAGGAUACAUCGUCUUCGACAGCUUCACCUCCAACUGGCAGGACAACCUGUUCAAAUACAAGAUGUCGUCGGUGCAAAUGAUGUUUGGAGUGAACCUGUUCUCGUGCCUCUUCACCGUGGGAUCGCUGCUGGAACAGGGCGCCUUCUUCCAGUCGCUGGCGUUCAUGGGGCGGCACUCGGAGUUUGCCUUCCACGCCGUGCUGCUGUCAGUGUGCUCGGCGUGCGGGCAGCUCUUCAUCUUCUACACCAUCGGGCAGUUCGGCGCAGCGGUCUUCACCAUCAUCAUGACCCUGCGCCAGGCCAUCGCCAUCCUACUGUCCUGCUUCCUGUACGGCCACGCGCUCACGCCGAUCGGGGGUUUUGGCGUCUGCGUCGUGUUCCUCGCGCUGUUCCUGAGAGUGUACGCGCGCAACCGGAUGAAGGCCGGACGCAGAGCUGCCCAGCCCGCCGCGCAGAAGGUCUAA